AUGUAUCAAGCAAUUCGACUAGAUCGAAUAAUUCCCGUGCAAGAGAGAUACUAUCGUUGUGGAUUUGCUGCAUCAAACAAGCUUAGGAACGAUGAUCACACCUUUAAAUGGGUUGAUGAGGCUUUAGUCAACGAGAUAGAUACACUCACUGCAAAGAAUAUUGAAUUUGAGAAGCACCUCAAAGAUUUCAAAACUGAGAGAUUGGAGUUUGAGAAAAUAGUUGAUGAGAAGAUGGAGAAGGAGAUAUUUGAGAAGAUAGAGGAUGCUUUGGCUGAAGCAAAAGCAAGCAAUAAGAAGAUGAUGGUGAUCAUAGUGAUAUUGUGCAUGCUCAUGAUUGGAUGCAGCAAAUUACUAGGUUGA